AUGCGAUUCCUUCUGCCGGUAUUGGCCUUAUGUGAGUUGAAUUGGAAUUGGAAUCUAAAUUGGAAACGGAGUGAAUGUUACAGUAUCCCUUUCGAAUGGCAACCUUCCUCCGCAAUUCGAUCAGUGUAUGUCGAUCAAAGGAAUAGGACUCCAGAACUUUAACAUCUUCACAUCCCCCAACUUCCCCGAUAGGUUAUCUUUCUCGCGUUUCCUUCAGGGCUGGGUUAAAGUAUAUUGGGUCCAAGUUACGGAUCGAACGAAUCUUUUACUCUAGAGAUAUAGUGGUCUGAGGCCGGAAAGGCCGCGUUUUUGCGGAGUUUGCCUUUACAGCGUCCCAUCCACACAUAUCGAGAGUAAAUGAUCCAGUUGGUUUAAAAUUUGGAGUUCAGGCCUCGAAAAACAUUCGAUAAUCUGCAAAAGGCCUUAUGAGCUCUGGUUUCCGUCCAGUUCCUUUUCUUUCAGGUAUCCUCCGAACGUCGACUGCGUCCGAGUCAUUCACUCUCGCCCUCAGCACGACGUCAUCGUUAAAUUCCACCACGUAUUCCAAGUAUGCUCCUAUUUUUUUCUUCUUCUCUUGCUUGCCCCCUUGGGGAUCUCUUUUAUUACACUCUUCGUGACCCGUUUCUCAUUUCAGAUCGAAUCAACGUACGACAAAAUAGAGGCUGGAGAAGAGUGUCCCAACGAUUUCAUUGUGCGUUCGCAAAGCGGACAACUGUGAAAAUGUGAACUGUUUGCAGGAAUUCCGAGAUGGACGGUACGGUUUCUCGCCGCUCAUUGGCCGUUUCUGCGGAGAUCUAAUGCCGAAGAGAGAGAUUCGCGCGGUUUCAGGUGGCAAAGAGAGAGAGAGAGAGAAAGAGAGAGAGAGAGAGAGAGAGAGAGAGAGAGAGAGAGAAAAGGCAAUGAAAAUCUGAAAUGCAGGCUUCCUCUGGAUUCGUUUCCGCUCGGACGCGAUGCUCGAGUACCAAGGAUUCUCCGCCGAGUACGCCAUUGUUCCGAGCAAGACCGGACGGUUCAACAACCACGGUAACGGCUUCUUUCCUCGAGCCUUUUCUAGACCUGGACUUUUGGCCUACUUUUUGCGGAAUCUCGGACACUUCCGGUCUCGUUUCAAUAUAACUCUAAUCUUAAAAAGCAGAAACUUCAAUCAAAUGCCCUAAUACCAAAUCUGAUGAACCAUAUGCUUUUCCAAAUUGGUCUAUUUCAGAAUGCCUUCUGGAAUAUCUGAAUGGCUUGGACGGUUUCAUCCGCACCAAAGACCUCAUCGCGAACCUCCCUCGGAACGCCUCUGGAACUCUGGAUUGUGUGUGGCGUCUCGCAGUCCCCGCCAACUUCCGCAUCGCUUUUUAUGUGAAAGAGUUUGCUCUGAAGGCUCCCAAUCAGUGUGCUCAUAAUUUCGUGGAAGUGUAUUCCGGAGACACUUCCGAUAAACCCCUCAGACGGUCAGUUCCCCUUCCAACUCUUCUUCUCGAUCAGUUCUUCUUCUUGUUCAGAUUCUGCGGGCUCACCGCCAACGACGUGUUCUCGCCUUCGAAUGAAAUGUUCGUACGCUUCUAUCUUUCCGAUGUUCGCAGCCUCAACUCCACUUCCAUAUCAGCCCUCUUUUCUUCGUACACUCGAAGUAUUGCUCCGUUCUUCUUCACUCACUAAUUCGCAUUUUCAGUGAAAAACUGUACCCAAGUGGGCCUUUUUGCGUGCGGCGAUGAGAAUUGCGUGCCCAAAUCGCUGGCGUGCAACGGCCGUCCGAACUGUCCGUACGGGCGGGACGAACGAGUCUGUUCGGUCGGCCAGGACACCAUCGUCAACUUUCUGGUCAGCGGCUUCGCACCGCUCGUCUCCAUCAUUCUCAUCGUGCUCAUCGCCGUCUCACUCAUCUGCUUCUAUACAGUCCGAAAGAACCAUUGUGGUGAGGAAAGAAGAGGAGGCGAAUAGAAAUUGAUUCAAUUUCAGUCCUCCCUCCUUUAUGA